AUAAUACCAUAACGAUAUUGUGGACAUUUCUAAAACUAGUAUAAGAAUAAGUAUUUUAAUUAUGUCAAUUGCUAUAAUUCUCAAAAGACUAGCGUCACUUUUUUCAUGCAAGUAUAAUUUUUAAAAAUGAACAAAACUGGCUAGCGAUACGACGUAGAGCUGCACGUGCUGUCAGAUGCGAGCAAAACACUGAGCGAAAAAGUAACCGUUUAGCAGGUAUAACGGGCUUAUAUAAACUUUGAAAAGUAAUAAAAAUGGGAAGCAAUGUAUGGAAAUGAUGUAUCUGAUCUUAUAUUUGCACAGUUCAUACUUAUUAUUAGAAUUCGACGGAAAUUUAUUUUGCGGAUUGGCACUGGCCGGUUUGCCACGGCCGAGGCUAGCACUGUCUUCCUUAUGAAAAAUUAGUCUGUGGCCCUGGUAGAAGAAUACUGGAAUGGGGCGUAAGAAAAAAAGGAAAAGAUAUUCUAGUGGUAUGGGAUGCCAGGUUACGUAUUGUGAUUACCUGACUAAGGAAAAAGCAGAUGAAGAAAAUAUUGCAGCCCAUCGUGAAAUAUUAAAAGAAAUUUUCUGCAAAAAAUUCUCAUACGAAAAACCACAUGAUGCACCCUGGGUCCUACCAGACAAUUGUGGUUCUGAUAAAACUUUAACUUUGAAGACAUGGGAGACUUUUAUGAACUUAAAAAAAGAGCUGAAUGACACUAAAAGCCUUCUCAGUGAUAAAGACAUAGGGACAUGGCACAGACAUACCCAGCAGGCAAAUCCAGCAGGAAAGGUUGUCAGCAGUAUAAAAGAGAUGUUUAGCCCAGAACUAUGCACACAGGCAUGGUGUAAAUUUUAUGAAAUUUUGUCUCAUUUUCAUCUUAUUCCUGAUGAAGAUGACACAUUCAGAACACUGCAUUUGUGUGAAGCACCUGGGGCUUUCGUUUGUAGUUUAAAUCAUUAUUUGAAAUCAAAAAAAGCUACCACAUGUUGGGAGUGGGAGGCUAACACACUGAACCCCUAUUAUGAAGGCAGUGCAGUGUCCAGUAUGAUUGGUGAUGACAGACUGUUGUACCAUACACUGGAACACUGGAACUUUGGCAAAAAUGGAACAGGUGACAUAAUGGACUUGGAAAACCAUGUUUUCUUGAGGGGAGAAUAUAACAAAAACACUGUGAAAUUGGUGACAGCAGAUGGCAGUAUUGACUGUCAAGACAACCCUGGUGAGCAGGAACAAGUAGUGGCACAUCUCAAAAUGUGUGAAUGUCUGCUGGCUUUGUCUGCUCUAGGGAAAGGUGGACAUUUCAUACAGAAAAUGUUUACUAUGUUUGAAAGCAACACUAUUUGCUUGAUGUAUCUCCUAAAUUGUAGUUUUGAAGAGGUUCACCUUUAUAAGCCAGCCACCAGCAAACCUGGUAACUCAGAGGUCUAUGUUGUUUGUGUAGGGUUUUAUGGAAGAGAAACAGUUCAUGGACACAUAAAAUGUAAAACAAGUAAUCCUGUUUUUCCACCAAGCUCCAUACCCCAAACAUUCAUAGACCAGCACAUCAAAGGCUGUGAAAUGUUCAAGAAGUGGCAGACAGACACUAUACAUAGAAAUAUUAAACUCUUAACAGCAUCCCCUGAAGAAAAAGAGAUAUUGAACGAGCAGCAAAAUGUAGCUGUGACUAUGUUUAUAGAGAAAUGUCAUUUACAGGCCAUUAGAGAGGAAGAGAAAAUAGUGGUACCAAAGAAAAGACCUCACAAGAUGGCUCAUUUUGCUAGCUGUCACCCAGGACAGCGGCACUUAGAAGGAUCUUAUGCUCACAGACAAUGGCAGCAGAAGUUGCAAUGGAAAGAGAGAGUUUUGGCUUGGAAAGAACACGAUCUUGAACAUGUAGAUGACAUGUGGUUGGAGAGUUCAUCGGGAGACCCAGAGAUGAAACUAAUUACUACAUUUGGCAGACAAGUAGACAAGAUAAGAAGUUCAAAAUUUUGUGACAUCAAAUUGUUAGAAGAAUUAGCAACUCUACAGCAGACGGACUGUCACCAAGUGCUCACCUUGCGGAAUGAAGACUGGAGUGGAGUGACAAGCCUGCUGAGUGAUACAUUCCAGAACAAGUGUAUAGCUCUGAUUGAUACUGGGUCUUUCAGUGAGCAUUGCUGUCACAGAAAAUGGUUGGAGAAUGAAACAACCAAUCCUUCACAUAAUCAGACCACAAGACUGGCAGUUCAUGGUGAAAUUAUGAAGCAGGAUGUUUUACCAGUUCAUUUCUUAGACUUCACAAAAGAGGAAAAUAAAACAGAGAUCAAGAAAUUCUUUAUUGAUCAAGUCUUUUGCAUGAUGAAGGAGAUCCGUCCUGGUGGAACCGCCCUAGUCCAACUCCACACUACACUGCUCAGGUUCACUGUUGGUCUCUUAUAUAUACUGCAUAAACUGUUUUCAAAGGUGACCAUAAAAAACUACACAAGCAGUACUGAUGUAGCUCCACAGAGGUACUACCUGUGUACUGGUUAUCAAGAGCAGGAGGAAAUGAACUCACAGAACCUGAUGCAACACUUAUUGGCAAUUCAGCAAAUCUUGUCGGACAACAUGAGUGAUCCCAAUGAUAUUAGUCAUCAGAGCAAGGAUGUUUGGGAGGUUAUAGCAUUGCCGAGUUUGUUUGAAAAAGAUUUCUACAGAUGUAUAUACCAAAGCAACAAUGUGUUUAUGAAACAAGAAAUCAACUACCUUAUUCACCUGAAUAAACUUUACUACAAGACCAGCCAUUCAAGUGGUGGUGUUAGUUGAAAAAGGUCUUCUAAGAGGUGUUUGUGGAACUUUAAAUGAUUUUAUUACCUAAUACAAUACAGACAGAAAAGUGUUGGGAAUAGAAGAGGAGCAGCAAGGUAAAAUUUUUACAGAGGGCACAUGUAGGGAAUUGGCAGUUAUGAAAAUGAGUUUCAUGCCACAAUCAACUUAUUGGACACUGUGAUAUAUGCAGCAUUUGGAAGCUCAUUUGUAGAACUUAAAUAGUACAGAUGCCCAGUUUUGUCAUUAAUUAAUAGUCAAAGGAAUUUGUCUACACAACAAAACAAUUUAAAGGUUUAUGUCACAUUUUAAUAGCUAGAUCUCUUUUUUAAGUUCCAUUACAAAGUGCAAGAAUGAUCCAUGGUAUUUAGUGACUCAAGAGUGAUGUUUUUAGCCAGUAGGUAGCUAUGAAACAUUUUAACUGUUAUCCACAGGUUAAUGGACAAAGAGUGGUAAAAUUGAUACAUUCUUUUGUGAAGUAUUUGAUACGUUUUAGAUGUUCUGAGGCAAGAUGUGGUGGCUUGACAUAAAAUUUUACAUGUGACCUACUUUGCUUCUGUCCCACAAUCAUUUACUCCAUUCUUAAUAUAAGCUAAUCCUUGGGAUGGUUUAAAAUUUAGCCAAAAUCACAAUUCAGCUUAGCUAUGAACAGUUAUGUAGACAUUACCUUUCUUCCUGUGUUGUACAGGAUCCCUUCUCUUGUUGCCCAAACAUUGUUUUUUUAGACACAUAAUUUAAAUUAAUAGAAAGCAUGCAUGUGUUCAUUUACAGCUUUACUUAUCUCAGCCGUUAGUAUUCCAAGUCUACUAAUAAUUUAAGUACUUCAUCCUGCCAAAUCAGGAGAUCCAUGUAGGAACUGUUGUAAAAAGUAUAGACAUAUCAAAGUCCCCUUUCUUGGUUUUUUUCUGGCUUAUUUGUGUUUGUUUUCCCAAAGGAAUGUCAUACCAGGGGGAUUAGUUUAGUUUGAAAGAGUAAACUGUCUAAAAACGGCAAGCUUACUUGUAAUGUCCAUGUAAGAAGAGAGUCUUUUAAGGGGUUUUUAUCUGACAAGCAAUUUUCUUUGCAUAGCUCACAGAAAUAUUUAAUGUCUGUCGCAAUUAAGAUUUGAGUCCAAAUCUUUCCCUAUUAAUGUAAUACCUGAUGUAGACCUUGCACACUUUUCAUCAAAAUUUCAUUCAUAACAUACAUGUACUUCUAUGAACAAAAUGGCAUGAAGCUUUUCUAUUUUUAAUUGAGGGAACAAGUCGAUAAAUAAGGCUAAUUGUAAGCCAAUGUAUUUUUCUUUUCUUCUUUAGGUGGCAAAGGCAGGACUCUCUUAUGGUUCUUUUUCUGUAUAUCCCGCUGCUUUGUCAUAUGUUCUAGGUUUACAGCCAUUUUUUGGUCUGGUGUAAACAUUGGGAAGUUAAACACCCUUUUCUCCAUCUAUUCAUAUAGUUCACUGCAGUUGUCAUCAUCUGAAUGUCGCUUUUCCAGUAUUAACUACUGGUUGUACCACUGAGCUGUAGUCUCUUGGCCUGAACAGUAGAACAAAAUGAGUGAGUUUAAAAAAGCAUAAUAAUUAUUAUGUCAGUCACCUUUUACAAGAAUGAUUGGUAGAAUAACAACUUUGAUGCACUUGACUUCCACUGCCAUAACCCUUGUCCAUUUGUACAAAAAAAUCUAUACCACUUAUUUUUGUAAAGAUGAUGUUUUGUGACCAGUCUGGUCAAACGUGUCAGUGUCUUUCCAACUCUCACUCAGUCAUCCACAAAGAAUUUCAACAAAUUUCAAUACUGCUUAUAACUACCAGUACUACUAAAGAAAUUCUAUACUCUAAAUAUACAACAUUAGCUACACCAAUUCUUUUUUUUAACAUACUCAGUUCAAUCAAAAUCAAUCAAGACCAAAAAAGUAAGUUUAUUUCUUAAUAAUAGUAUAGUUUUUAUAACAAAUAGCUUAUGGUACACUGACCCAAGCCGGAAAACUUUAAAAGAACAUGCAUUUCACAUCCUAGUUCUGUUUGAGCACUUGAAGGAUGUUUAGCACAUAAGUGUCACCUUCCAUGCACAGACUGCAAGACUUAGUGUAUUUGCUUGUUGAAGUUGUCAGGGUGGUUAUCAUGUAGCUUGGAAAAUUUGCACACGCUUAGUGUAACCACUCUUUGCAGUCUGAACAUUGUAUCAUAUAGGCAUGGUUGGGAUUUCUGCAUUGGUUACACUGAGAGACUUCUGCCUUGUCUGAUGGUGCUUUUGUCAGUGUCUGGCCCCUCUAGCUUAAUCUUCAGAAGGUCAUUUAAAACUUAAUAGCUCAGGCGCUCCCUUCUACCAGACUUUUUUCUACAUUUCUCUGCUUGUAAACUCAAGAUAUCAUCAAAAGUUUCCAAGUAAACCAUAACCCAUAACAUAAGGACAGUUCAAUUCACCGUUCCGAGAUGAGUGAUUGACAGCAUUGUUUUAGCCAAUAGAACCGUAUAAUUAAUGUCACGUGAUACGCAUGUGUAAACAGCCGCCAUCUUACUGGACAAACAAUCAUCUGUCCGGUGUAUCAGAUUACGCUGAAGAUUUUUGCAUUUUUUGUCACUUAAGAAUACGUUUCUCCGACAAAGUCAUGCCAGUAAAACACUGUUGUUAUGGGUGUUGCAAAUCUGAUUCUCGUUAUCCGGAACGAAUGGAAGGGGUGUAUUUCAUUGCUUUUCCGAAGCCAAAAACACAGCUGGAGAAGUGUCUAACCUGGAUUCGUGCAUGCAGCCGUCACACAACUCAGCGUUAAGAAUGUUACAAAAGACACUUAUAUAUGUUCAAAGGUGAGUUAAAGCUCUUAUUUAUGCAGUGCAGACAUUUACUUAUUCAGUUUAUUGCAAAAACAAUUUAUUUACAGUAAACGGUAUACAAAACGUGAAGAUGGCGCCGAAUAUUAAUAUGGCGACAGACUUAGUAAGUUUGUAAUGCAGGACAGGGAAUGUAACAGCCACGCAUCGUAAAAUUGUGUAUUUUCCCUGGUUACUGGGGCUUUUUCUGGUUA